CUUAACUGCUUGCAUUUUGUCGAUAACUGCUUUCCACGGAUCAGAAAUGCGGGCUUUCACUCCGCUUGCCGUUUUGCCGAUUUUUCUCUCCCUUUUCGCAUCUCGGUCGCUCUCUAUUGACAAUUUCCGUCAAGCAAGGGCAGCACAAUCUGCCAGAACUAUUGGCACAACCGUUCAAUGUGAUGGACCAAAGAAAGAUAAGAAAUUGAAUAAGUUAUCGUGUAAUCUGUCAUUUACAAUUCCCAAUGGCUUUUAUUUUGAACUGUUUCAGUAUUUUGUUUCUUCCUCUAUUGUAGCUUUACUUUGAAGGUUUCCUAUUAUAGAACCAGAUCCUGGCCACACAAAACUUCGGCUCUCAAGAGAAGGACUGGAAGCAAUUGAGCAAAUCACCACACCUAUAGCAGCUGUUGCUGUUAUCGGUCCUUAUCGGUCUGGGAAGUCAUUUCUACUUAAUCAGCUUCUCUCUCUAUCAUGCUAUGAAGGUUUUGGUGUUGGACACAUGCGUGAUACAAAAACCAAAGGUAUUUGGGUGUGGGGUUCUCCAGUUGAGGUGGAUAUCAAUGGAGUUAAGACUUCUGUCUUUUACCUUGAUACAGAGGGUUUUGAAAGUGUAGGGAGGUCUAAUGUAUAUGAUGACAGGAUUUUUGCCCUGGCCACUGUAAUGAGUUCUGUGCUUAUAUAUAAUCUACCAGAGACAAUACGCGAGGCAGAUAUAUCUAGAUUAUCAUUUGCAGUGGAGCUUGCUGAAGAAUUUUAUGGAAGAGUCAAGGGGCAAGAUGUGGCUUUUGAACCUGCUAAGUUAUUAUGGCUAAUCCAACGUGAUUUUCUGCAAGGGAAGUCGGUGAAAGAAAUGGUUGAUGAGGCUCUGCGUCCAGUCCCUAAUCCCAAUGAUGACAAGAAUAUUGAUCAGGUCAACCGGAUUCGUGAGUCAUUAGCUGUGAUGGGUGAUAAUAGCACAGCCUUUAGCUUACCUCAGCCCCAUCUCCAGCGCACAAAGCUCUGUGACAUGAAGGAUGAUGAACUCGAGCCUAUAUAUGUAAAGAGGAGGGACCAGUUGAUAGCAGUCGUUUCUUCUAUAAUCAGGCCAAAGAUUGUCCAGGGUAAAACACUCAACGGCAAGGACUUUGUAUCUUUCCUCGAGCAGAUUCUUGAGGCACUAAAUAAAGGGGAGAUUCCGUCAACAGGCUCACUCGUGGAGGUCUUCAAUAAGGGAAUUCUGGAGCGUUGUUUGAAACUAUAUAAUGGUCACAUGGCUGUUUUGAGUUUCCCAACAAUGGAGAGGUCUCUUCAACAAACUCAUGAAGAUGCAAAAUCUGCAUCACUUGUGGCGUUUGAUGAGCAACACUUUGGUCGUCAUCAUGCAAAGAGAUCAGCCGAGCAGUUGAUGGAGGAAAUUGAGAAGGUAUACAAGAACUUUGUUCUAACCAACGAAUAUCAAUCCUCAAAAUUAUGUGAGGCUCUGUAUACCUCAUGCGAGGAAAAAAUGGAUCAACUUCAAAUCCUCAGACUCCCAUCUAUGGCUAAAUUUAAUGCAGGAUUUAACCUGUGCAAUCGUAGUUUUGAACACAAUUGUGUUGGACCAUCUAAAACCAACUACGAGAUGCGGAUGGUGAAGAUGUUGGGAAAAUCAAAAUCUCUAUUCAUCAAGGAAUACAACCAAAGGCUCUUCAAUUGGUUGGUUGCCUUCUCGCUGGUCAUGGUGAUGGUGGGUCGUUUCAUCUUGAAGUUCAUUUUGCUCGAGAUGGGUGCAUGGAUACUUUUUAUAUUCUUAGAGACAUAUACACGAUUGUUUUGGUCCUCGGAAUCUCUUUACUACAACCCCCUGUGGCAUGCUGUUGUUAAGACUUGGGAAACUGUGGUCUACAGCCCUGUCCUCGACUUAGACAGAUGGGCGAUUCCACUUGUAGUCAUCGCUGGGAUACUGUUGCUCUACUGGCGGUGUUGUGGAAGGAGGAAACACGGUUUUAGUUGGAUGUUACCUGUGCGUGGCAAUCAGAAAGAUGAACGAAGAUCAGAGUGAAAUAUAUAUAUGAUGGUGCAACAACGCAAUCAUCCAUCACUGAGCCUCAGGUGCUUUUCAUUUGUUACAUACGAGCACCCGUGGUUUUGUGGUCCACACAUACAUACAGCAAUCAACAUCGAAGGGAUCCAACGCAGAUCUGCGUGCACUUGGUGUAGUAACAAGAAUGAAAUGUACAAAUGGCCGUACCUUGGAGUACAGUCCGAUUUUUUGUUAUAUCACAGGUUUACAUAGGGUGUUAGACAGCUCGUUUCAAAUGUUUGAAGACGCAUUUGUUUUCAAGCCUGAACAGAAAGAAAGGAGGUACAGAUUCGUUGUAAAAGAAAGCAGAUUUAUCUGUGCUUUGUAGGGGUUUGGUGAUUUCGUUUCACACUCCCUCCGUCCACUCAAAUUAGUCCUAUACUGAAAAUGGAAAAUUUCUCCAUAAUAAAGGACUACUAAUUAUGGAUCCUGGGACUAUUUUUUGUGAAUGGAUGGAGUAUGAUUUUGUGCUUCACACA